AUUCUAACCAUCUUCUUCAAAGUUUCCACUAUCCAUAUCACCUCAAUGACUUCUUCCCAGAUCAAUUACUACAACUUCCCACCUUUUUCUCCUCCUCCACCACCUCCUCAUAGACGUCCACCACCUCCACCUCCUCAUAUAAACCCACCACCGCCUCCUCAUACACGCCCACCACCACCACCUCCUCCUCAUAUAAACCCACCACCGCCUCCUCAUACACGCCCACCACCACCACCUCCUCCUCAUACACGCCCACCACCAUCACCUCCUCCUCAUACACGCCCACCACCACCACCUCCUCAUACACGCCCACCACCACCACCUCAUACACGCCCACCACCUCCACCUCAUGUAUUUCCACCACCACCUUCACCAUCACCAGACAACCAUCCCACAGUCAUAAUCAUUGUGUUCGUCUCAUUGGGUGGUCUAUUCUUCCUUGCAUUCCUCUCAGUUGCUCUCUGUUGCUUCCUCAAAAAGAGAAAGAAGAAGAUGGUUCAGGAGACAGAUAUCAUAAAGGUCGACGAGCAUUUGACAGUGAAAGAGGCCAUUGUCCCAGGCCCACAUGGAGAGCAGGCUGUGGUGCUGUUUGUGGAUGAUGAUGUGCAUAUCCAAGAAGAGAUCAGAAAGAACGAGAAGUUUGGCCAAGGUCAUUUGCAUGGUAAGUCUGCCCAAGGCAUCACUAGCGCAAUUGGAAAGAAAAAGAAUAUGGUUCAAGAAACAGAAAUGGUAAAUGUCGAUGAACAUUUGAAGGUGAAGGAGGCGAUGCUGGCAGGACCACAUGGAGCACAAGCUCUGGCACUAUGCAUGGAAGAUGAUAAGCAUAUCCAUGAAGAGAUUAAAAAAAAUGAGAAGCUUGGUGAAGGUUUGCAUGGUAAGGCUGCCAAAGGCAUUACUGGUGCAAUUGGGAAGGGAAAGAAGAUGGUUCAAGAAACAGAAAUGAUAGAUGUGGAUGAACAUUCGAAGGUGAAGGAGGCGAUGCUGGCAGGACCACAUGGAGCACAAGCUCUGGCACUAUGCAUGGAAGAUGAUAAGCAUAUCCAUGAAGAGAUUUAAAAAAAUGAGAAGCUUGGUGAAGGUUUGCAUGGUAAGGCUGCCAAAGGCAUUACUGGUGCAAUUGGGAAGGGAAAGAAGAUGGUUCAAGAAACAGAAAUAAUCGAUGUGGAUGAACAUUCGAAGGUGAAGGAGGGAGUUAUAGCAGGCCCACAUGGAGAACAAGUUGUGUUACUAACCGAAGAGGAUGAUGUGCAUAUUCAAGAAGAGAUUAGAAAGAAUGAGAAGAUUGGUGAAGGUUUACAUGGCAAGUCUGCACAAGGCAUUACCGGUGCAAUUGAAAAGGGGGGAUACUCAUCCAUUUCCAAUCAUCGUCUUGGACACAAGGCCUGAGAAUCUUAUGCUGAAUUCCAGUGAAAUAUACAAAGUGGACUCUGAAUAAUAUGAUUUAUAUAUGUACUCUUUUCGCCUUUUGUUGGAAUACAAUUAUAGACAAUGAUCACUCACAAUGGUAUAGUCAAAGGUGCCAUUUUACAUC